AUGCCGGUCCCACAUCAGACGCCAAACAAUCUUCCGUUGGCAUCAUCAUUGCCAAAAGUUUCAUUUCGCAAAAUUCCCGAUGAUGAAGCUCAAAUCUUGUCUAUUCCAGCUGGUGUUCAGGACCAGCAUCACGUAAACUUUGGUUUCAAUGAUGGCAGCGAAUUUGAAAAGCCAGAUCAUUAUCUGCGCCACGUUGAACCGAUCGAAAGUGAAUUGAAUAAACAGGUGGAGUAUGAUAUGGACGAACAAGAUCAAGAAUGGUUAGAUGCUCUCAAUCUAGACAGAAGAAGGGAACAGUUGGAUGCAGUUCCAUAUGAAGUAUUCGAGAUCAUCAUCGAUCGAUUGGAAAAAGAAUGGUUUGAUCUGAUGAAACUCGUUCCACAGAAGCCCCUUCCUAUUACAGUUGGACCUGACGGCGAAGCGUUGGGAGAUGGCAACGAAGAUAUUGAAUGUGCAAUCUGUGAUGACGGAGAAUGUGAAAACUCAAAUGCGAUUGUAUUCUGCGAUGGCUGCAAUCUUGCCGUUCAUCAAGACUGCUACGGAAUCCCAUAUAUCCCCGAAGGUCAGUGGUUGUGUAGGAAAUGUACAGUCUCUCCCGACCGUGCUGUAUCAUGUGUAUUGUGUCCACACGAAGGUGGUGCAUUCAAGCAGACCACGCAAGGUAAAUGGGCACAUCUCCUUUGUGCAAUGUGGAUACCCGAAACGGGUGUAAGCAAUCCCGUUUACAUGGAACCGAUCGAUAGCGUCGAACGAAUCCCGAAAGCUCGAUGGAGACUGCAAUGCUACAUUUGCCGCAAUCGACAUGGUGCAUGCAUUCAAUGUGAUAACAAGAGCUGUUUUACCGCCUUUCACGUCACAUGCGGCAGAAAGGCUGGACUGCUGCUCAAAACAGAGAGACAGCGUACUGCACACACACCUCCCGAUGAAGGAGAGGAUGAAAAUGAUGGUCACCUUCGAGCAUGGUGUCACAAACAUUUGCCUCGGUCUAUUCGAGCAAAAAGGGCACGAGAGGAAGAAUUUCAGGAUGCACAUAGCCAGCCUCCAUCACCUGAACCAUUUGAUAGAAAUCAAAGUGCUAUCGCCACCCCUGCCCGCAAGAAAAGCGCAAGAGCGUACAGAAAAUCUUAUCGGAUGCACAUUUCCUUGGUGCCAGCAUACGUGGUGAACAGGGUGAACGAGUAUAUCUCCAGAGUUCCCGUUCGUAAAAAGGCACAGCUUAUCGUUCAAAUUGCCAAAUUUUGGAGCUUGAAACGAGAAGCUAGAAGAGGUGCACCUUUACUAAAACGGUUGCAUCUUGAGCCUUGGACUGCUACAUCAAUGAAGAAAGAGCAAUCGGAUAUGGAGAGGCUGAAGAAGCUCCGCUUUCUUUUGCAUUUGCGGGAAGAUCUGGAGAAGGUACGAAUGUUGGCAGAGAUGGUUCGCAAGCGAGAGAGGGAAAAGCAGAAGCAAGCGCAGGCAAUACGAACGACAUUGAUUGAGGAAAUCUUAUUCCCAUACAAUAGCCUCUUACGUGCUGCAUUAGAAAGGAUUGCAGCCAUCGAUCGAUCAUCUCUAUUUCUCAAUCCCGUGUCGACACAAAUUGUACCGGACUAUUACGAUGUGAUCAAACAUCCCAUGGAUUGGACGACUAUCUCACACAAACUUGAUGCAUACGCCUACACGGAUGUUCAGCAAUUCAAGAACGAUGUCGUGCUUGUGUUGGAGAACGCAAUGCUUUACAAUAAAAUCGACACACCCUAUCACCGAACCGCAGCGAGAAUUUUACAUGUUGCCGGUCAAAUUUUUGUCGAUCUGGAGAAAGCCAUUGCCGUGCAU